GUACUGGUAUAUAGCAGCGUGACAGUCGAGGGGCGGCGCAACAGUUUCGAUAGAAAUAAACUAGUGUUAGAUUGUAAAGAUUGUCUGAGCUGAUCUCUUCAUUACUUACAAUGAGCUCUUCUCACAUGAAUAUCAUUACUGUGAUCGGCAGUGGGCUGAUAGGCCGUUCCUGGGCUAUGGUGUUUGUCAGUGGAGGCUACAGUGUGAAGAUCUAUGACAACCAACCAGGACAGGCUGCCAAGGCCAUCGCAGAGAUCAGGAAGCAGCUGGAGGAGCUGGAGGAAGCCCACAUGCUGAGAGGAGAGCUGACCGCCACGCAGCAGCUCGCCCUGAUCAGCAGCUACAAUGACCUGACUCAGGCGCUGGAGGGAGCCUUCUUUGUCCAGGAGUGUGUAUUUGAGCAGCUUGAAGUCAAGCAGAGCGUCUUCCAGGAGAUAGAGCAUCUUGUGGGAAAGGAUGUCAUCCUGAGCAGCUCCACCUCCUGCCUGGUGCCAAGCAACGUGUUCUCUAAAGUACAGAACAAGAGUCGCUGCCUCGUCUCCCACCCGGUAAACCCACCUUACUAUGUCAAACUGGUGGAGCUAGUACCUCACCCGGAGACCGCAGCAACCGUUAUGGACGCCACCCACUCCCUAAUGACCAAGGUUGGUCAGGCACCCGUCUGUCUGAAGAAAGAGAUCGAUGGCUUUGCCCUCAACAGAGUGCAGGCGGCCAUUAUCGCAGAGUCCUGGAGGCUGGUCCAGGAUGGCGUUAUCUCUGUGAAGGACAUCGACCUGGUGAUGUCAGAGGGGCUAGGAAUGCGUUACGCCUUCAUAGGUCCCAUGGAAACAAUGCAUCUCAAUGCACCUGCAGGUUUGGAGGACUAUAUGAAACGGUAUGGAGAAGGUAUAACGAGAGUCCUGAACUCCUUUGGGCCUGUGCCAAACUUCUCCGGCGGUGAGGCAGCCAAGAGCAUCGUUAAUGAGAUGUGUGAGCUGAUUCCCAGCGAGGCGCAGCAUCUGUCGGCCCGGAUGGAGAGGAGGGACCAGCUCCUCAUGGGUCUCGCCAAGCUGAAGAAGGAGCACUGAGGUCAGCGUGCGGCGCUCAAAGUCGAGAAAAUUUAUGACUAAGACCCAAAAUUUGUGAAAUUUGGUAAGAGAUAGGGAUUAAGCAGACAGACUUCUCAUCUGAUGAAUAAUUUCAAUAAUAAUUAUAACAUCUUGGGAGUGAUGAAAAGAAAUGUGGUCAUGUGCAGUGAUAAUGAAUAUUUGUGCCUUUUAUUGAUAGUUUUUGGACAUUACUACCAACAUUGUGGUGAUUGAGGGAUCAGAUUCAACGCAAUCAUCUCACGACAUAAUGAUCUCCUGUAUAAACUAUUUCUCUGAAAAAUGUGAAUUUUGAUGAAUAAAAAACAACAAAAUCA